GAGGAAGGUGUUGGAGGGAAGGAUGGGAGGACAGGAUGAAGGCAACUGCACCACAAAGGAAGUGUAGGAAAGGGAUAUGUGAGGGGGAAGAGGAGCCAGUAAGGUCACGUCACUAAAGGUCCUCUCCUGCAGGUGGCGCCGGCGGAGUGCGCAUCGCCAAGCUGGACGUGCCCGCCGUGGCCCUCGAGGGGGACGACGUGCACCUCCGCUGUGACUACGAGGACGAGGGCGGCUCCAGCCUCUACACCCUCAAGUGGUACAAGGACAACCAGGAGUUCUUCAGACACCAGCCAGGCCGCCACAGGGACAGCGACGACCGGUGCAGCGACCACCACACCUACCACGUGGAGGGCGUCAGCGUGGACUGCUGGAUGUCGACGGAGCGCGACGUGGUGCUGCAGGCCGUGACGAAGGCCACCUCGGGAGACUACCAGUGCGAGGUGAUCGGCGACCACCCCAACUUCAGGAAGGAAGCCAACAAGGCGCGGCUCACCAUCUUCUCUGAGGCUCUGGAGGCGCCACUGCUGCAGGGCGCCGAGGACUCCUACUCCCUGCUGGACUACGUGACCCUCAACUGCUCCUCCCUCAACACGGAGUACAGGCCGGAGCUCACCUGGCUCAUCAACGGCCACCCCGCCAACCAGAGUCUGGUGCGGCAGGUGGACUCGAGGACCUACGCGCUGAUGUUCCAGGUGCGCCCCGAACAUUUCCGACGAGGCGAGAUCAACGUGGAGUGCAUGACCUCGCUCGGCCGUGAACACCAGCAGUCCGCCGUCGUCCAGCUGCCCAACCGUGACGGACCGAGUGUCAAGGGUUACUUCUACAACACAGGUCGGCGUGUUGAAGGCAGCCGCGUCACCCUUCUAGUGGGCACCCUCAUCGCCGCCUUGUCCCCGCUGCGCACCCUCGCCUGGCCUGCCCUCUAAACACACUAUUUGUACACCCUGCCCAUCCUCCUCCUCCUCCUCCUCUCUCUCCUCCUCCUCCUUCUCCUCCUCCUCCUCCUCCUCCUCCUCCUCCUCCUCCUCCUCCUGCUCCUCCUCCUCUCGCUCACCAUGUAUAUGUGUAAAUAAAUGUUUAAAAUGUA